UCGAUGUUUACGCACAUCGAUAGUUCGCAGGGCUUUGCUUUGUUUUGCAAAUUCCAAGCGGAGCUGAGGCUGUGACAGAUUGCGGGUACGAGUCGCGGAGCAGCAUUGCGUCAUCAUCAACUCCUGGCGAGAAAAGAGCUCGGCAAUCGAAGCAGGAGCACGCCUGGCGAAACGGAACGUUCCCGGCGACGAGGGAUCAGAGGAGGAGGAGGCGGUGGCCGAGUCACGGGAGCUGGAGGAAAUGGCCAGCACCAGUGGAAGUGCUCCCAGUUUGGGACCCCCUCCAAGCGGGACUGGCGGAUCUGGCACAUUGGAGGGCACGCUAAGCAAAUGGACAAACGUGAUGAAGGGCUGGCAGUACCGCUUCUUUGUGCUGGACGAGAACGCUGGGCUACUGUCCUACUACACGUCGAAGGAGAAGAUGAUGAAGGGUGUGAGGCGUGGCUGUGUGCGUUUGAAGGAUGCUUUAAUCGGGAUCGACGAUCAGGAGGAUAACACGUUCACGAUCACCGUUGACCACAAGACCUUCCACUUUCAGGCGCGGCACAGUGAGGAACGGGAGCAGUGGGUGCGCCGCCUGGAGGACACCAUUCGACGCCACGCGAACCGGUCGCGUCUGUGGGACAGCCAGAGUGCCUACUACAACGCCGGUGGCUAUACAAGGGAAGUGGGCGGAACCGGAGCAGGUGGAGUGGGCGGAAGACGACCCAACCACCUGGAGCUGGUCGCGCGCCGCGUUUCCGAGGCGGAUGCCUACCUCCAGCUGAUGAUUGAGCAGACGGACUUGCUGGACAAACGCAUCGCGCAGCUGACCGAUCCGGCGGAGCAGUCCAAAUGCAAGGCCCUGCAGGAAAACGCCAAUGCCAUGCUGGAUCACAUUAAGCACUCAAUUGUUAGCCUGCAGAUUGCCAAAAAUAUGGCCCACCCCAUCAAUGGAAUCUACAAUGGCCCACCGGCCACUGCCUCGACCAGUUCCUCGGCCAGUGGAGCUGCUAUCAUGGGCAGCAGCAAUAAUAUUCAGGCAGGUGGCCUAAAGGUGCCCCUGGAGGGCCAAGUAGGCGUCAAGGGGGAGCUUGGCGACGACGAGGACGACUCAGCCACUGAGAACGCCACCACCGCUCCUCUGGCUCUGGUUGUGCCGGAAACCUCUUACUCGAGCAGCGAGGGCGAGGAGGAUUUCUACGAUGCCUACGAUGAUCCCUUUACUAGCCUUGGCAGUUCCCCGAUUGGCUGCGCCACGCGCGGUUUCUCGGAAACCACAUCGCCCACCCACGAGAAGGGAACGGAUGGCUUCAGCAAUGCCGAGCCAGUCGCUCUGGGCGAAUCAGUUGCCGCAGAAACGCUGCCAGAGAUUGAUGAGAGCGUGGCAGAUGCGGACACCAGCAUUAAGACAGCAAGGACCGCGGCAAGUUCCCGAAGUGCCAGCUAUGAUAAUGGUAUAGACUACGACGCCUUGUACGAGGAGGAGGAAGAGACCGACCUCAGCAUGGAGGCGCACGGUUCGAUGAUCACGCACCUGCUAUCGCAGGUGAAAAUAGGCAUGGACCUAACGAAAGUGGUACUGCCCACGUUCAUCCUGGAGCGCCGCUCACUUUUGGAGAUGUACGCCGAUUACUUUGCCCAUCCCGAUCUGUUUCUAAAAAUAUCGGAUCUGGAUGAUCCACGCGACAGAAUCGUCCAAGUCUGUCGCUGGUAUAUGAGCGCUUACCAUGCGGGACGUAAAAGUGCAGUAGCCAAGAAACCCUACAAUCCCAUUUUGGGUGAAGUCUUUCAGUGCCAUUGGGACAUUCCUGGGGAAUCCCAAGAUGCUCAGGAGGUGCGCGACGGCCCAGUGCCUUGGUGCAGACGGGAUCAGCUCACCUUCUUAGCUGAGCAAGUGUCGCACCAUCCGCCAAUUUCUGCCUUCUAUGCGGAGCAUUACAAUAAGAAAAUAACAUUUGCAGCCCAUGUAUGGACGAAGUCGAAGUUCUUGGGUCUUUCGAUUGGAGUUCACAACAUUGGUGAGGGAGUUGUGACCCUGGUGGAUCGCAGCGAGGAGUACAUAGUGACCUUCCCUAACGGAUACGGCAGGUCUAUUUUAACGGUGCCUUGGAUUGAGCUCGGUGGCUCGGUAGAGAUCAAGUGCCCACAGUCGGGAUACUACGCCAACGUGGAAUUCCUCACGAAGCCCUUCUAUGGCGGAAAGCGCAAUAGGGUCUCCGCUGAGGUUUAUGCGCCGAGUGAGAAGAAGCCUUUUGUCUCGAUAUCUGGCGAGUGGAGCGGUCUAAUGGAGGCCAAGUGGCAUGAUAAAAACAAAACCGAAGUAUUCGUCGACGUAAAUCGCAUACCCAUAUUUAAGAAACAAGUUCGACCAAUCGUUGAGCAGGAUGAGUACGAAUCGCGACGCGUUUGGAAGGAAGUAACAGCGGGACUCAAGUUCAACGACAUCGAGCGCGCUACAACUGCCAAAUUCGUGGUGGAGCAGCAGCAGCGUGACCAGGCGAAGGUACGCAAGGAGUACGAUCUUGCCUGGGAGCAUAAGCACUUCAAGCCCGUCGGCGACAACUGGAUUUACGCCAAGCCGUUGAGUCAGCGAAUGUAUCUGCAGGAAAAGGAGGCCAAAAGAUAAUGCCAGCGACGGACACCGAGAGCAACAACACCAAAAACGUCUAUAUAUAUGGAUCAUAUCAAGAACGAGCCUCAACUAUAUGUUUAAUUCCACAAGUGCGCAAACCUCUGAACACUGACGAUAGAACGUAACGAAUGCAGGAAAAGAUAGAGCAACAAGUAUAAGGAGGAUGAAGGAUGUCAAGAAAGGGGCGUCAGUGUCUGGUUAUUAAUUGUAAAUAAUGUACACGAAUAUCCAGGCAUCGAAAAAGAUAGAAAGCUCUGCUCAUAUGGUUGCAACGCGAGUCAAGCUCGACAGCUCAGCGGAGACAGACAAAACAAACAACACUCACAGUUUCUACACACAAUUAAUGAUUAUUAUUUACUACUAAGUACUAGUGUGUUUCAAAGGCAAUCGCAGUAAACUGCAACACAAGAACACCUAUUCAAUACCUUUUACAUUACUAACAUUUACUAACUAGCAACAAAGAAGAAAACCAAUACAUAAUGGGAUAUAUCAAAAGUUGUAGAUUACGAAAUGAUAGAUAUUUAAGUAUAGAAAUUCUAUUUUUGAAAAAAAGACUCUGCUAUAGACGAAAUACAAUACCGACACGCUAGUAUCUGAUGAUAGAUACUGCCUCUACGCUUGUUUCCAAUACCCCAAACAGACACACAGACAUGAAGAACACAGUGCACAAUGAUUUUCCAAUUGCAUAGUUUUAAAAUCAAAUACGAUUAUACGAUUACCUAUAGUAUUAUGUUUCGAAUUCCAAUUGUCACAAUAAAGCUUUACUAACAGUCCCUGAAACACCUCUACACUCUACUGUAAUAAAACGCAAAUGAAACCCACACUCCUUGAGAUAUUCAAAACUAAACUUUACCUUUAUUUUAAAAACCUACGAGCCAGAAAACCAACACCACCCACACAGCAAAGCUACCGAAUACUCUCACGCAAAGUUAACGCAAAAUGAAACGAAUAAAGUAAAUACGCUUCGAUAUUUAUUUAAAGUAAUAUUUAACGGACUAGUUAACCCGUAGAAUAAACAAAUAGUAAUCCCGAGAGCCUCGAUUGGAACCCAUAUCUACGCCCGGGUGCACAGAACUUGUAUAUAUUUUUUUGAUUUCCUUUUUAACCAACGUGUUAAACGAGAAAUAGAGCAAAUAACCCAGAAAGAUUGUAACGGAUAUGAUUAUUGCAAAUAAAGCGAUUUGUUCUUACAGCA